AUGGUGCGUCAGCCUCAGACAGAUAUUGACGGAGAUUCGGGAGAUGAGGAGGUUAACGAGAUGGCGGUUCAAGAGGCCGCGCUGUUGGCGGAUAAGUCUCGACUAAUCCACCAAAUUCGUGUCAUGGAGCACGACAAACGAGCUUAUGCUGAAGAAACAGAACGUAUUCUUAAGAGACAAAGAAUUCAAAUUAAAGCUCUGCAGAAGGAAAACCGAGAGAUUAGCACAGUUUUACGAUUGACUGAGAGCGAGAGGAACUCGAACUGGGAUGAGAAUAACACGAUGAUGUUACAAGAACUAGUAGAAAAAGAAGAUUGCUAUAAACAGCAGAAAGAUGAAGAGAGAGAGAAGAUAAGAAAAUUAGAUGAGGAGAUAAGAAAAAUAGAGAAAGAAAUCCGUGUAGAAAGAAAACCAGUUGAUAGUGUUCCAUCAGAGAUGAUGAUACAGAAAAGAACCACUGUUUUAGAGAACAGGCUUGAUCAGAGCACGGUAAAGUUUAACGAACAGUUGGCAGUGAAUGCUGAACUAAGGUUAGAGAUAGACCAUUCACGCCGAGAAAAAGGCAUGUUUGAGAUCUUCUACAAUAAAUUAAAUACUGAGUUACAACAACUCAGAAAAGGUUCCAGCGAGUUUAUUCAAGAAGCGUCUCAAGCCUAUGAACAAAGAGACGAGGCCCAUAAUAUAAUGGUGGCUCUAAAAGACAGAAAUGAAAAAGAUCAGUUUCAGCACGAGGUUGAGAUGAAAGAAUUACAGAGAAUAAUAGACCACGAUAAUAAACUCAAGGAAUUUAUGAUGAUCAAAUCUAGUGAUAGAGCCGAUUUCAAGGAAGAGGAAGAAGCCAAAAAGAACAAAAAUAAACGCGAUGGAGACAUUGGUGCUGUAGUUGCUCAAAUAGAAAGUUUUGAAGAGGCUUUUGAACAAAUUAAAAAGAUCACUGGCCAAGAUGAUAUAAACACGAUCACGAAAGAGUUCCUGACAAAAGAAAAUGAGAAUUUCGCGUUCUUUAAUUUUGUGAAUGAGUUGAAUAAUGAAGUGGACAAUCUACAAGAAGAGAUCAUAAACAUCAAACAGGAAAUCUGCCGCUUUGAAGAAGAUGAUUUCAAGAUGCAGACCGACAGAAAGGAUUUCUACGAAGAAUUCAAGUUCCAGGCUAAAUGUGCCAAGGAGGAAAUGGAAGAGACAGAGGAGAGAAUCGACGAAUGUGUUGAUAUAGUGGAGAAGUUAACAGAUGGCGUCGAAUCGUUGUUCAACUGUUUAAAAUGUGACAGGUCGGCCAUUAAUGAAAUGCUUGCAUGUGAAGACGGAGUAACGGAAAAUAAUAUAUUGCUAUAUAUGGGUAUUAUUGAACAGCGUACAAUGGAUUUGUUACACAUUCAACACUACAUUGAUAUGAAGAAAGCUGAACCCGAGAAGGAUGGUCGUAAUAAAGACAAAGAGCCUGUAGAAAUAAAGACAGAAAGACCAAAACCAAUAUCAAUAAAAGCUCCAACUUUAGGAUACACGUUUGUCUCUUUGUUUUCAGAGAUCAUGAAGAUACGUUAG